CAAUCACUUGACUACAUUCAUGUUGUGCUGCACUUAUCUCCUGUGGCUGACUGAUAUGUGCUGGGCUGCAAUUCUCUACCAGAAUUUAACGCAAGUUGAAACUUUGCCAGGGACAUAUACAACAGCUACAAAUGGAACGGAUUGGGUAUCGACUAACAUUGGAUUAGAUCAUACCGAAACGAAUUUUGACAAAUAUGCAUUCCCAAAUGUGGCGGCAUCGUACAAUACAACCCAAAUUUUGAACUACGAAUCAUUAAUCUCAUCUAGCACCACGUUUGACGGAAUUAUUGGAACGGCACAAAGCAUUUCGCUGAAUUCGGCUUCAACGCCUGUCGGCGAUACUCUACAGCUGGUUACAGAACCAUCAACUGUUUGGGUGUCCUACCAGGGUAUGGAGGAUAGUGAUCCUUUUUAUUUGAACACCCCAAAGGUACCUAUUCCAACUGAUAGUCAAUCCGUAGGACCAUUAUCGGGAGUGACUCUGACACAACAAUGGAUCGAAACCACGACGGUUAAAACUUUAGAUGCUCCAAAAAUUUUGUAUGGUGGUCCAGUUCCUCCAACCGAAUCUAGCAUAUACAAAACCGGACCACCUGUAGUGGUAAUCGAUAUUCCAUCGACUACCUCAGCUCCCAAACAGUUGGCUAAAGUUCGUAUCUCGUUGAGUAAGGUAAGGAGCAAGAGUGGAAAUACUACCAAGCCGGUAAGGCAACGAUUUGGUGUAACAGUGAGGCAGUAUAGUGCAAUGAGCGUUUCGUCAAAAGUCAACAUGAAGCAGCAACAAAGAAAUUCAACUGUAAAUCGGAAGACGAUAAAUCGCAUUGGGUGAUAUUGUUGUGCUGAAAAUACUGCAUAUUUGAUACAGAAAAUGGUCUUCCUAUGAGUAAUCGAACAGCAACUUGGGCAAUUUUU